UGGGCUGGCUUUCCAGCACCUGGUCAAAGCUGAAGGACGCCGUCGCCAACGUGGGCGCCGGCGGCCCAGACCCCCCGCUGCCCACGAAGGACGACCCGGAUUACGACGCCCCCACCUGCGAGGAGCCGACCUGCUACGACAGUGAUGCGCCGCCGGCGCGGAAGGAGGGCGAGGACGAUCUGGGCGAUGUGGACACAGACGAGGAGCUGGACGCUGCCAUCUCGGCGCACUCGGCGGCCGAGGAGCGCGUCGCCUCGCUGCGCGCCGAGAAGGAGCGCCUCACGCGCCAGGUGACCUAUGACUACGGCGCCGACGACGCGUGGCUGGCGCUGGCGUCCCACUGCAGCAGCGCGCGGGAGCCGCAGUACACGUACCGCCUUUGCCUCUUCGACAAGGCCGCGCAGGUCGACAACGGCGCCCACCACGAGACUAGCCUGGGGGUCUGGAAGGGCUUCGAAAAGGGCUACUCAGAGGGCGUGUUUGAGAACGGCGACUGGUGCCACCAGGCCCCGGCCCGCAGCAUGCGCGUCCACUUUGAGUGCGGCGAGUCAGAGUCUGCCUGGGGCGCGUCGGAGCCCUCCACUUGCGCCUACACGGCCUCCAUGGCCACCCCCGCCGCCUGCAAGGCGGAAGAUCUCAAGGCGCUCGAGGACCGCUUGGCAGAUCUGGUCAAAGAGGAGGAGGCCCUCGCACGGGAGAUUGCGGAAGAGGAUGAGGCGCGGCGGGCGGUGUUUGCCGCCCGCGCGGCCGAGGCGGAGGCGGCGGCGGACCAUUCCGAGCUCUGA